AUGCGAUCCCUUCUACCACUUCUCUGUGUCGCUUCAACAAUUUUAGCCGUUCCUCGUUACGUUCGAUACGAUGCUGCAAACAAGGAAAUCAAAGAGAAACUCGUGGCUGAGAUUGUCAAUGAGACAUUGGAGAAGAAGACAAAAGCACAAAAGGAAGACUUUGAGGUCGAGGGCUUCGGCUGUGAUCUUUGCUUGAAAACGAUCUACAGCAUCAACUAUAACAUUGCUCAAAUGAAAUCUUCGGCAGAAGAUAUGGUGAAGAAAGACUGCGAGGCGUUGUUCGGUGGAGACAACGAAGCUGUUGGAACUUGUGUUACGUUGAUGAUCGACAAAAUCGAAGAGUAUUAUGAGAAGAUCGAACCAAUGAUUGACACGAAGAAUUUGUGUGUGCGAAUCGGAAUGUGCGUCCGAAAGGAGAAUAGCACGACAACGAUCCCCACCACUCCCAAUUCCAAAGAGAACUCUUCCCAAUCUCCAUCUUCUACAAGCUCCGAGAAAUCAAGCUCAAGCUCAAAAUCAUCAGAAGAAUCGAAAUCUAUUGAAGAAACCACUUCCAAGUCUUUCACUCCAGAAUCCUCAACUAAAAAUUCGAUUUUAGCUAAAGUCGAGAAAGUUUUUGCUGAUCUCUUU